AUGAACAGGCUAAGGGCAGUGGGUUGCAGGGGACAGGAACUGGCCAAGGUUCGGUUGAACGACUCCGGAAACUGCUUGGCCAAGAGGGACACCAGGAGCGCCAUCGCCGGCGGCCCAUGGGGGGCGUCGUUGCGGACCAGACACCAGGAGCGCCAGUGCGGGCGGCCACUGGGGGGCGCCGUCGCGGGCCGGGCACCAGGAGCGCCCUCGCGAGAAGAGCAGAGCAGAGCAGCGCGGCCACUGCUCUCCGGGAUGGAACCCCGGCGUGGGCAGAGCCGGCAGGGCCUCCAGAGCCCCCUGCCCUCUGCCCCUGCCCGCGCCGGUGCCCGCGCCGUUCUCCUGCUGCUGCUGCUGGGGCCUGCGGGUUCCCUGGGCGCAAGGGAAGCCCCGGAGGCACUGUCUGUGGCCCCUCCUGCCGACCCCAGUGCCCCUUGUGCCCCCGGUACCACCUGUUCCUUGGGCCGGACUCCCAUUCCCCAGCUGCCUGAGACCGAACAGCUGCAGAUCUCUCCUCCUGGCCGCAAAACAAAUUUUCAACCCUCCUGUGGCAACUCCUUCGAGAAGGACCCCACCCUGAGGGACCCAGAUGCCAUGGCUCGGAGGUGGCCGUGGAUGGUCAGUGUGCGGGCCAAUGGCACACACGUCUGCGCAGGCACCCUCAUUGCCUCUAAGUGGGUGCUGACCGUGGCCCACUGCCUGACUCAGCAGAAUGUAUAUUAUUCGGUGCUGGUGGGGAGCCCGGUAAUGGACGAGACUUCACCUGAUGCCUCCAGUGUCCCGGUGCUCCAGGUCAUUGUAAACAGGGAGUACCGGGACCAGCGGCACUGGUCGUGGAUUGGCCGGGCCAACGACAUCGGCCUCCUCAAGCUCCAGUUGCGGCUCAAUUACAGCAAUUAUGUCUGGCCCAUCUGCUUGCCUGGCCUGGACUUGGAGGUGAAGGAUGGUACUCUCUGCAGUGUGACAGGCUGGGGACUCCCCAAGGCGAACGGCAUAUGGCCCCAGUCCCGCUCCAUUCAGGAGAAGGAAGUCACCAUCAUGAACAACAAGCAGUGUGACAACUUCUACCACAAGUUCUCCAAAAUCCCACCUCUGGUCCAGAUCAUCACCCCCCAGAUGAUUUGUGCAGAAGACAACGACAGAGAAAAUUUCUGCUAUGAGAUGACUGGUGAGCCCUUGGCCUGCCUGGUGGAGAACACGUGGUACCUGGUAGGAGUGGUGAGCUGGGGCCCGGGCUGCAAGAACGGCAAGGCCCCGCCCAUCUACCUUCAUGUCUCCCCCUACCAAGUGUGGAUCUGGGACCGCCUCAACGGGCAGCCCAUGGUCCUGCUAGCCCCAUCCAGGGGCCUGCUCCUGGCACUCCCGCUGUCCCUCAGCCUCCUUGCCUCACUCUGA